ACGUCCUAUGCGUAAUGAAUUUUCACAAUAGAUUAAUUCGUAGUCGGACUCGAGUGCGGUGUUGAUUUAUAAAACGAGUAACAAAAAUCAAAACAAUAAAAUCCAUGUGUUACGCGCUCAGUGAUCUAUUCAGUCGGUGUGUGUCAUCGUGUGUGGACUACAGUGCGCCAUUGCAGUUUACCUCACAAUAUAAAAAACAAGGAAUGUGCGGAUAGUUUUACUCAAUGUGGUUAAGUUUGCAAGUGCUUUUACUAGAAAUGGAGUGAUAAAUUCAUCCAGCAGCUAUGGCAAACGUUUGUACAAGUACUAAAAGGACGAAGUGCAGUGGAUUGAAGAGAGGACCGCAAUAUGGAUUUUGGAUCUGGUGUACAUUGAUAAAGUGUUUUGUUAGUUUACCCUGUAUAUUUUCGACAUGUCUAGGUGUAGAUCUAUCGGUGAGACUGCAGCCAGAGGGAGUAGUGUCGGUGCGAUUCGGCGAGCCCCUGGAAAUAUUCUGCAUAGUUGAUAAUAAUGAGUACACCAACUAUACCUCCAAUGAUCUCGAGUUCACCUACAGUGGGAGGCCUGUUCCUUCCACAAUCGUCAAUGACACGACUAUCAGAUUAUACAUAGACCGGCCGGAGAAACAAAUCAGUGCAUACUAUUGCUGGAAUAAGAAAACCAAAAAAAAGUGUACAAGCAGAGUCUUGGUGGACUCACCGCCUAUGAAUGUGACGGAUUUUAAUUGCGUCUCAAGAAAUCUUGAAAUGCUGAACUGCUCAUGGACUUCACCACCCAAUGUGGCCACUAUAAACUACUCGCUUACUUUUCUAGUAAACGGUAAUGUAGUUCCAUCAUGCAAACCUGAGAAAACAUCAAACCAAUUACUAUUCUGUACAUGGAAUACAAGUAGUGAGCCUAGGUACAGGCAGCAAGAGGAAGAGUACAUCUUUAUACUCAAAUCAUCAAAUCAGUUUGGGCCCAACAUUCAGAACUUUACAGUCAACCACUUUGCUGUUGUUAAACCAGAUCCACCAAGUAACUUGAAAUUAGAGCAAGUAAAUUCUCACAGCAUUUUAUUAAAAUGGAAUAUUCCAAACACCAUGGCAAACCUUUUGACCUGUGGGGUGGACCAUCGAAUAGAGUAUCAAAUUGCUAAGAUCGAUAGCCGAACUCAUUUUCGUACCGUGGAUACCUCUGGCUUACCCCCUAACAAUAAAACUUAUAAGUUCUUAUUGAAAGACCUUCCAUUUGCUUAUAUGCAGUAUGAGGUGAGGAUCUAUAUUAAAUCAAAGAAAGCUGUUGAAGAGGAGUUCUGGUCUGACUUUACAUACAAGGUUUUUUACACUCGUAGUGAGAAACCCAGACGGCCGCCAGAAUUGAUAGCCGGAGCAUUCAGUGAAGCUGAAUUUCAUGAACAUAAAAGAAUAUGGAUUUAUUGGAAACAGCUUGAAGAGUAUGAAGAGGCUGGUGCUAACUUCACUUACCAAGUGCAGAUAGCUCAGGGCUCUAAGACACAAGUUCUGUUUCCUGAUAAAAACAAAAGUCUGAGCUAUGUAGAGUUAACAGCACCCUGGGAGGCUAUGGAAGUUACAGUUUGGUCAUACAAUGAAAAAGGCAAGUCAGAAAACAGCAGUCAGCUUUAUAUUCCACCUAAAACAGAUGCUUCUCUGAGAGUUACAACUUUUACCCAACUUGCAUAUAAAAGUGGGACUUAUAAAUUAUCAUGGGUUGGCAAGGAAAAGAUUGACAAUUAUACAUUGUUUUGGUGCCAGUACAAUGUUACCCUUAUCUGUGCAGGACGUAUGAACUUCACAGUUUUGGACGCCACAAAGAAUAGUUAUGAAAUAACCCUGAAUAAAGAUCAUAGGUAUCAGUUUGCUAUAUCGGCUAACAGUGGAACUAGAACUAGUGGCAUAGUAUGGGCUCAGUGUGCUAUAUCUAAAGACUCCAUCCCUAUGUAUGGUUUUCCAGUAACGGUACAGAAUGAUGCCCCUGGGAAGUCAUUUGUCAGAGUAACUUGGACUAUGACAUGUACAUUACAAGAGAGAAUUAUUACUGGGUACUUACUAAAAUAUUGUGUUGUUGUGAAUACUAGUAAUACUUGUGACCCAUCAUAUAAACAGAAUUCAACAUACAUACCAAAUCCUGAUCAAAUGGAUGUGAACAUCACAGAUUUAUUGCCUCACAAAACUUAUCUGUUUAAUUUAGAUCUUAAUACUACAUUUGGCUUAAAGACUGUAAAUGCUUCAAGGUCAAUUACCACUACAGAGGAUACUCCGACAAGCCCAAGAAAUGUAAGAGUUACAGAUGUACAGAGCAACUCACUAGUCAUAUCCUGGGACCCACCCUAUCCUAGAAAUGGUAUUAUUGGCCACUAUGCUAUUUAUGAUCAGAAUACGGAACUGUUGACUGUCAAAGUUGAAGAAGAUAGCAAAGAUGUCAAAAGAAGAAGUGUAGUUUUAGAAAAUUUGAUUGGUUUUAGAAACUACACUCUGUCAGUGCAGGCCUGUAAUACUGGAAUCCACAGUUGCUCCAAGAGUGGUCCUAGUGGAGGAAUUUUUGUACGUACUAAAAUUGGAGCACCCAGCAGAUUAAAAGCUCCAACUGUAAAUAAUAGCCCUGAUCUUCUCAAAUGGGAACCACCAGAAAUACCAGGUGGUAUUGUGGAUCAAUAUCAAAUAAGGAAAAUAAAAGAUGAUGCAGAGCCUGAAAUACUCAACACCACUAACUUAUCAUAUGAAUUGAUACUAUGUGAGGGGGUAGUAGAGAGAGAAACUUAUCAAGUAAGAGCUGUAAACUUUGAUUAUGGCAGUGACAUAAUGGCUGAUACUCGGUAUGUUACAAUUCCUGAAGAGAAACAAAGGGAAGAAAUUGAGCAUCCUGGUUUAUGGAGUGAGCCUAGUACAGUUACUUGUCGAAGCAAAGAUGGACUUACAAUGACUUUGAUUUUCAUGAUUGUAUUUUUCCUACUAGGAAUAGGGUAUGGAACACUAAAGUUGUACAAAAAAUAUAGAAAAAUGGGUGAUAUAAAACCUGUUUUACCAGAUGGCCUAAGUAUUCCUGAGAAAGAUACAUCUAAAUAUUCUUAUGGUGGGUGGAACCCAACAAACAAAGAAGAAAAACCCUCUUCAGAUGAAAUGUUACUUCUGCCUAAUGCUAAAGGUGUAGUUCCUUCACCAGAAAUUAAACAAAAAGAUAAUAGCAACUGUGGGUCCAGUGACCACACAGACAGUACUGCUUUAUCAGAUACUUCCAGAGGAGCUGUGGAAAGACAAGCCUCUACCUCAGAUGAAAGUUCAAAUUCCUCACUUAAUCUUGAAGUAGAAACAGUUAAAUUAGAUGAUAAUAACUUAAACCAGGAUGGAUAUUCCCUAGACAAUUCUGAUUUAGACAGUUUACGUGAGAACUCGCCGUACUUUACGGACAAUUUCAAAAAGGAUACAGCUCCUGUGGUGAAUCCUUCAAGUGGUUAUGUAGAAGCUGUUCCUAAUAUUAAGAGUUCGCCUCAAAAGCCUGCUGCACUUCAGCCGGCCGGCUCUAGCUAUGUCAUGGCGAGUUUUUCGCCGCCGAUAUUCACGACCGGCAUGACGCCAGCCGGCGUGAAAUACCAACCACCUACCUCAUCUGGAUAUGUGCGUCACGACGACGCUCAGAUCAAGUCAUUGAUGAACUUACCGAAUUUAGGCCUGUCGCCGACGAAGGCGCUCGGGCCCGAAAGCUUGCCCACAAUGCCUAGCUUGCCACAGCCAGCGAAACAUGGCGUCGAUAACAGUUACAUCCAACUGAAGUCACUGGACGUCAUGCCUAGUCUUAAGUCCGCUGUUCGUAACACAGUGCCAUUAAAACCGCAAGCGCCCGGCGGUUACGUUAGUGCGAACGACCCCAUGAUCAACAAGCACCUGAACUUGCCCGGGGCGCAGCCCGUGGAGGAGUCGGCCAUCCUGGACCCCACCAUGUCCCCCGACGCGUACUGUCGGUUCUCGUGGAGUACGGACCCAGCGAAAGACAAUCUCCAUUCGUUUUACUCCCAUAAGAACUGAAUCGUUU